CGCUCUAGCCGGAGGACCCGCACGCCUUGCGCCUCCGCACGCGCGCUCGGCCCCGGGCCACCCGCCCUAGCUGGCUCCCGCCCCUCCGGGAGGAAGAAGAGGGUAGGUGGGGAGGCGGAUGAGGGGUGGGGGACCCCUUGACGUCACUGGAAGGAGGUGCCGGGGUAGGAAGUGGGCUGGGGAAGGUUAUAAAUCGCCCCCGCCCUCAGCUGCUCUUAAGCGAGGUCCGCGGGAGGCUCGGAGGGCGGCGGUGGCGAACACUCCCGGGAGGUGGCUGCGGCAGUUCGGAGCGCGCUCCCCGACUCAAGCGCAGCGGCUAGCAAGCGCCGGACGGCGAAGAUACCCCUCGGCGGCAGGCGCGGAGGAGGGCUCUCUCGGCGCCAGGCAGGAGUCGGAGGAGACCGGCUCGGACGGCUGCGCUGUUGGCCUUAGAGAGCGCGGGCACCCGGCCAGCAGGCCGCGUCGCGCUCAUCAUGGUCAGCUGCUGGGACACCGCGGUCCUGCUGUGCACGCUGCUCGGCUGUCUGCUUCUCUCAGGAUAUGGUUCAGGGUCAAAGUUAAAAGGUCCUGAACUGAAUUUAAAAGACACCCAGCACGUCAUACAGGCCGGCCAGACUCUCUUUCUCAAAUGCAGAGGGGAGGCGGCCCACUCGUGGUCUCUGCCUGCGACAGUGAGUAAGGAGGACAAAAGGCUGAGCAUUACCAGAUCAGCCUGCGGCAGUAACGACAGGCAGUUCUGCAGCUCCUUGACCCUGAACAUGGCGCAGGCCAACCACACGGGCCUCUACACCUGUAGAUACCUCCCUGAGUCUACCUUGACGAAGAAAAAGAUGACGGCAGAAUCUGCCAUCUACGUAUUUGUCAACGACUCAGGGAGCCCUUUCACAGAGACGUACAGCGACAUACCUGAGGUCGUGUACAUGACAGAAGGAAGAGAACUGAUCAUUCCCUGCCGGGUGACGUCACCCAACGUCAUGGUCACCCUAAAAAAGUUUCCAUUUGACACUCUGAUCCCUGAUGGAGAAAGAAUAACCUGGGACAGUCGCAGAGGCUUUAUUAUAGCAAACGCAACAUACAAAGAAAUCGGGCUUCUGAGCUGCGAAGCCACGGUCAAUGGGCAUCUGUACCGGACAAACUAUUUGACCCAUCGGCAAAGUAAGUGCUGUCCACACGGGUGUGGGCACCAGGCACAGUCUGUUCGGUUCCAUCUGGCCUGUGAGAUCUUGACUAUUAACAUGUUUUCCCCCUUGCUUAUGCUUAUAGCCAAUACAAUCCUAGAUGUCCAAAUAAGUCCUCCAAGCCCGGUGAGAUUGCUCCGUGGUCAAACCCUUAUCCUCAACUGCACCGCCACCACGGACCUGAACACGAGGGUGCAUAUGAGCUGGAAUUACCCUGGUAAAGCCAUGAAGAGAGCAUCCAUCAGGCAGCGGAUCGACCAAAGCAAUCCCCACAACAAUAUGUUCCACAGUUUUCUUAAGAUUGACCACGUGCGGAGCCGAGACAAGGGACUCUACACUUGCCACGUGAAGAGCGGCUCGUCAUCCCAGUCUUUCAACACUUCCGUGCACGUGUAUGGAAAACCAUUUGUCCGAGUGAGGCAUCAGCGGCAGCAGGUGCAGGAAACCACAGCAGGGAAGCGGUCCUAUCGGCUGUCCAUGAAAGUGAAGGCCUUCCCCUCGCCAGAAGUCAUAUGGCUAAAAGAUGGCUCACCUGCAACAGAGAAGUCUGCUCGCUACUUGGUGCGUGGCUAUUCGUUAAUUAUCAAAGAUGUUACUCCUGAGGACGCAGGGAACUAUACAAUCCUGCUGGGCAUGAAGCAGUCGACACUCUUUAAAAACCUCACCGCCACUCUCAUUGUGAACGUGAGACCUCAGAUCUACGAGAACUCCGUGUCGUCCUUUCCCAGCCCGCCUCUCUACCCACUGGGCAGCAGACAAGCCCUCACCUGCACUGUGCACGGCAUCCCUCAGCCUACGAUCGAGUGGCUCUGGCACCCCUGUCACCACAAUCACUCCAAGGAAAGGUAUAACCUCUGUUUGGAGAGUGAAGACUCCUUCGUCCUGAAUCCUGACAGCCACGUAGGAAACAGAAUUGGCAGCAUCACACAGCGCAUGAUGGUCAUAGAAGGAACCAAUAAGACGGUUAGCACCUUGGUGGUGGCUGAUUCGAGAACCUCUGGGAUCUACAGCUGCAGAGCUACCAAUAAACUAGGAACAAUGGAGAGACACAUACAAUUCUACGUCACAGAUGUGCCAGAUGGUUUUCACGUUGCCUUGGAGAAGAUACCAGCAGAAGGAGAGGAUCUGAAACUCUCCUGUGUGGUCAGUAAGUUCCUGUACACAGACGUUGCCUGGCUCCUGCUCCGGACACUUCACAACAGAACCGUGCGCCACAGCAUCAGCAAGCAGAGGAUGGCCACCACCCAAGAGUACUCCAUCACUCUGAACCUCCUCAUCAAGAAUGUGUCCCUGGAAGAUUCGGGCACCUAUGCCUGCAGAGCCAAGAACAUAUACACAGGGGAAGAAGUCCUUCAGAAAACAGAUGUUGUCAUUAGAGAUCAGGAAGCCCCACACCUGCUUCAAAACCUCAGCGACCACAGAGUAUCCAUCAGCAGCUCCACAACCUUAGACUGCCAAGCUAGCGGUGUCCCCAGGCCUCAGAUCACUUGGUUCAAAAACAACCACAAAAUACAACAAGAGCCUGGAGUUAUUUUGGGACCCGGAAACAGCACGCUGUUUAUUGAAAGAGUCAAGGAAGAGGACGAAGGUGUCUACAGGUGCAGAGCGGCCAACCAGAAGGGGACCGUGGAAAGCUCCGCCUACCUCACCGUGCAAGGGACCUCGGACAGGUCAAACCUGGAGCUGAUCACGCUCACGUGCACCUGCGUGGCUGCCACUCUCUUCUGGCUCCUGUUGACACUCUUCAUCCGAAAACUGAAGCGGUCUUCCUCUGAAGUAAAGACGGACUACCUGUCCAUCAUCAUGGACCCAGAUGAAGUCCCCCUGGAUGAGCAGUGUGACCGGUUGCCCUAUGACGCCAGCAAGUGGGAGUUCGCGAGGGAGAGACUUAAACUAGGCAAAUCGCUCGGGAGAGGGGCUUUUGGGAAAGUGGUUCAAGCGUCUGCGUUCGGCAUUAAGGAAUCACCCACCUGCCGGACUGUGGCCGUAAAGAUGCUGAAAGAGGGGGCCACAGCCAGUGAGUACAAAGCUCUGAUGACUGAACUUAAGAUCCUGACUCACAUCGGCCAUCACCUGAACGUCGUUAACCUCCUGGGAGCCUGCACCAAGCAAGGAGGACCCCUGAUGGUGAUUGUGGAGUACUGCAGAUACGGGAACCUGUCCAACUAUCUCAAGAGCAAGCGCGACUUAUUCUUUCUCAACAAGGAUGCAGCCUUGCAUACGGAGCCCAAAAAGGAAAAGCUGGACCCAGGCCUGCAGCAGGACCAGAAAGCCAGACUCGACAGCGUCACCAGCAGCGAGAGCUUCGCCAGCUCCGGCUUUCAGGAAGAUAAAAGCGAGAGCGACACUGAGGAAGACGAGGGUUGCAGUGAGAUCUGCAAGCAACCUCUCACCAUGGAGGACCUGAUCUCCUACAGUUUCCAAGUGGCCAGAGGCAUGGAGUUUCUGUCUUCCAGAAAGUGCAUCCAUCGAGACCUGGCAGCGCGCAACAUCCUUUUAUCUGACAAUAACGUGGUGAAGAUUUGCGACUUCGGCCUGGCCCGGGAUAUUUAUAAGAACCCUGACUAUGUGAGGAAAGGAGAUACUCGACUCCCCCUAAAAUGGAUGGCUCCUGAAUCCAUCUUUGACAAGAUCUACAGCACAAAGAGCGACGUGUGGUCCUAUGGAGUGCUGCUAUGGGAAAUCUUCUCUUUAGGGGGUUCUCCAUACCCAGGAGUGCAGAUGGAUGAAGAGUUCUGCAGCCGCCUGAAGGAAGGCAUGAGAAUGCGAGCUCCCGAGUAUGCCACGCCUGAAAUCUACCAAAUCAUGUUGGACUGCUGGCACAAAGACCCCAAAGAGAGGCCCCGGUUUGCGGAACUUGUGGAGAAACUUGGUGACCUACUUCAAGCCAACGUCCAACAGGAUGGCAAGGAUUACAUCCCGCUCAACGCCAUACUGACAGGAAACAGUGGUUUCACAUACUCGGCCCCCACCUUCUCUGAGUACUUCUUCAAGGAUGGUUUCACAGCUCCACAGUUUCAUUCUGGAAGCUCUGAUGAUGUGAGAUAUGUAAAUGCUUUCAAAUUCAUGAGCCUGGAAAGAAUCAAAACCUUUGAGGAGCUUUCGCUGAAUGCCACCUCCAUGUUUGAGGACUGUCACCUGAACACCAGCACUCUGCUCUCCUCCCCCUUCCUGAAGAGAUUCACCUGGACUGAGACCCAGCCCAAGACCGCCAUGAAGAUAGACUUGAGAACAACAAGUAAAAGCAAGGAGUCGGGGCUCUCUGACAUCCCCAGGCCCAGCUUCUGCUUCUCCAGCUGUGGUCACAUCAGGCCUGUGCAUGCCGACACGGAGCUGGGGAAGGAUCCGUGCUGCUCCCCGCCCCCAGACUACAACUCCGUGGUGUUGUACUCCUCGCCACCCGCCUAAUGCUUUCUAUACCGCCCCAGACAACCCACCUUUGACAGUAUUAGCCGUAUGAGUUUACACCUCUUCUUCCCACAGGAGCCUGCUGCUUUUGGUGACUUUU